AAUUUCCGUGUUUACAGACGCUGCUGCUUUCAGGACGACGGUGUCGAGUUUCGCUGGAGGAUGCGUCGCGGCCAUGGCGUUUUUUACGACGCAGGAGCGAACAAAGAGGUUCAAGGAUCCGAGGUUCCUUCAAGGUUUGCUCCAGGUCCAUCAUAUUUGACCCGCAGGAUGUGACCGAGCCCAUCAUAAAGGUUCCUCUGAGGGACUGUAAGAAGAUCGAGUUCACAGAGACGGACACCGAUCCUUUCAACCAACCAAAUCCACCUGUUAUAUCUAUUUCCUGUGAGCAGGUCAUCUUCAUCAAAGAGGGUAACGUCAUCGCUCCUUAUCGAAAUGAAAGGGGACCAAAGAUGAUGAGCUUUGAGUUGGAUGUUUGGAAUAAAACUGAAGAUGUAGUUCAGACGUUACUGCAGCUGUACAGGGCGUCCUGUUUGGAUAAACUGGGAGACCAGACGGCGAUGAGAACCAGGUGACGGAGCACACAGCAGAGAGCUACAUGCUGCAGUGGCAGCGAGGUCACCUCAGUAACUACCAGUACCUGCUGCACCUCAACAACCUGGCCGACCGCAGCUGCAACGACCUGUCGCAGUACCCCGUCUUCCCCUGGGUGGUGGCCGACUACACCAGCUCUCAGUUAGAUGUGACGGACCCCGCCUCGUUCAGAGACCUGAGCAAACCUGUGGGAGCCCUGAACAAAGAGCGACUGGACGGGCUGCUGGCCCGCUACCAAGGCAUGCCUGAGCCCCGCUUCAUGUACGGAAGCCACUACUCGUCUCCAGGAUACGUCCUCUUCUACCUGGUCAGAGUUGCUCCAGAGCACAUGCUGUGUCUCCAGAACGGCCGGUAUGACCACGCAGACCGCAUGUUCAACAGCAUCAGUGAAACCUGGAAAAACUGCCUGGAAGGAGCGACRGACUUCAAAGAGCUGAUACCAGAGUUUUACGGAAGUGACCCCAGCUUCCUGGAAAACGGUCAGAAUCUGGAUUUGGGCAAAAAGCAGAACGGAAAACCAGUCCGUGACGUUGUCCUUCCUCCCUGGGCCUCAGAUGCCAGAGAUUUUCUCCAGAAGCACAAGGCGGCGCUGGAGAGUCCGUUUGUUUCGGAGCACCUCCACGAGUGGAUCGAUUUGGUGUUCGGCUUCAAACAGAGAGGCGGCGAGGCGGUGGCAGCUCAUAAUGUGUUCCACCCGCUGACGUAUGAAGGAGAGAUCGACUGCGACAGCAUCGAGGACACGGAUCAGAGGAUCGCCAUGCUGACUCAGAUCCUGGAGUUCGGUCAGACGCCCAGGCAGCUCUUCACCCGGCCCCACCCUCAGAGGAUCACGCCCAGGUUUCAGAACACCAGGCGGAGCUCCAGCAUCAACUCGGCUGCCAGCGAGCUGUCGCCAGCCUCUCCAUGUGAGGACUCGUCCUUCGAGGACCUGACUGAAGAGAGCAGGAAGAUGGCCUGGGCCAACAUGGGAAACCUGAAACUCAUCUCCAGCCUCAGGAUCCAUAAGGAAGCCGUGACGGGGAUUGCUGUGACUCGAGACGGAGCUUCCAUUUUCUCCACGUCUCAAGACUCGACUCUUAAAAUGUUUUCCAAAGAGCUGAAGGAGUUCCAGAGGAGCAUGUCCUUCUCCAACAUGCCGCUGUCGUCCUGUUUGCUGCUGCCGGAUGGUAAAACUGUGGCGUGUUCUUCGUGGGACAACAACGUAUACUUCUACUCGGUGCCGUUCGGGCGGCGGCAGGACACGCUGAUGGGUCACGAUGACGCCGUGGCUAAAAUGUGCUGGUUUGAUGACCGACUCUUCACGGCGUCCUGGGACUCCACCGUUAAAGUCUGGCAGUGUGCUUCUAACGGCUCGUCCAGUCGCAAGAGGUCCCAGUUUGAGCUGCUGGCUGAACUGGAACAUGAUGCUGGGGUGAACAGUCGACACGUCCUCAGCUCGGGUGAAGACUCCUGGAUGAAGGUGGUGGACGUGCAGACAGGAACGGUCCUCUCCUCGCUGAAGGCUGAGGAGGAGCAGAGGUGUUUCUGCUGGGACGGGAACUCGGUGCUGAGCGGGGGCCGGACCGGGGACCUGGUCCUCUGGGACCUGCUGAGCGGUUCGGUCACCGGACGGAUCCCUGCACACUCAGGUGCCGUCACGGCCGUGUGGAUGAACGACACGUGUAACGCCGUGAUCACAGGAGGACACGACCGACAGGUCCACUUCUGGAGGCUUCAGUGUUAAAGACUCAGCUCAGGAGCAGCGGUGCAAUAAUGAUUUUAUUUACGAACUAUGUAAGUGUGCAGCUGUCUGCUCAGGUGUUACAACAAGCUUCUUUUGUUUYUGUUCUCUGAGCUGCACUGAAAAUAAAAACAUACUCCCCAGUUUGGUCA